UGAAACUGAUCUACUAAACCACUUCAUUGUCUGCCUGUAUGAGAGUGAACAACAACCGUCCAAAUGGCUCAGCAGGGAGUUCUACUGGACCAGGACCAGUUCUGUUGUUCUGUCUGUCUGGAUUUACUGACUGAUCCAGUCACAACUGCAUGUGGACACAAUUACUGUAGGAGUUGUAUUAAGGGCUGCUGGGAUCAGGAUAACCUGAAAGGGGUCUAUAGCUGUCCCCAGUGCAGACAGACCUUCACUACAAGGCCAACUCUGAGGAAAAAUAACAUGUUGGCUGAGGUGGUGGAGAAACUGAAGAAGACAGGACUCCAGACAGUUUCUCCUGCUCUGUUCUCUGCUGGACCUGGAGAUGUGGUGUGUGAUUUCUGUACUGGGACCAGAAAACAGAAAGCCCUCAUGUCCUGUCUGGUGUGUCUGGCUUCUUACUGUGAGACUCACCUCCAACCUCACUAUGAAGUAGCUCCAUUAAAGAAACACAAGCUGAUCAAAGCCACCACACAACUACAGAAGAAGAUCUGCUCUCAUCAUGACAAACUGCUGGAGGUUUUCUGUCGUACUGAUCAGCAGUGUAUCUGUUAUCAGUGUAUGAUGGGUGAACAUAAAGGCCAUGAUACAGUGUCAGCUGCAGCAGAGAGGACUAAGAAACAGAGACAGCUGAGGAUCUGUCGGCAGAAGGUCCAUCAGAGAGUCCAGGAGAGAGAGAAGGAGGUGAAGGAGGUCCAACAAGCUAUGGAGUCUCUCAAGCGCUCUGCACAGAGAGCAGUGGAGGACAGUGAGACGAUCUUUACUGAGCUGAUCCGUUCCAUAGAGAGAAAACGCUCUGAGGUGAAGGAGCUGAUCAGAGCCAAAGAGAAAAUUAAAGUGAGCCAAGCUAAAGGACUCCUGGAGAAACUGAAGCAGGAGAUAGCUGACCUGAGGAGGAGAAGCACUGAGCUGGAGCAGAUCUUACAUACAGAGGAUAACAUCAAUAUCCUCCAGAGAUACACUGGUACUGGAGAGAGACUGUUAUCUUCAGACUUACCCAGCAUCACUGUCCGUCCUCUUCAGUACUUUGGAGAUGUGGGUAAGACUGUCUCUGAUCUGAGAGAGAAACUGGAAGACGUCCUUAAAGGAGAAUGGACCAAGAUCUCCACUAUAGUGAAUAGAGUGGAUGUUUUACUGCCUCCAGACCCCAAGAUCAGACAACAGUUCUUACAAUAUUCCUGUCAGCUCACACUGGACCCAAACACAGUAAAUAAACAUCUCUCUCUGUCUAAAAGGAACAGAAAGGUUUCUGUUAAACACCCAGUCCAACCAUAUCCUUACCAUCCAGACAGAUUUACUACGAGCUGGAUGGUUCUGUGUAGAGAGGGUCUGACUGAAUGCUGUUACUGGGAGGUGGAGUGGAGAGGGGAAUGUGCUUUUAUAGCAGUCUCAUAUAAAGACAUCAGCAGGACAGGUAAUGAAUUUGGAUACUGUAACAAAUCUUGGAGUUUGUGUAUUUAUGGUGAUUAUUCUUUCAGACACAAUAAUGUUGAGACUAAAGUAUCAGGCCCUAAAUCCUCCAGAAUAGGAGUCUACCUGGAUCACAAGGCAGGUACUCUGUCCUUCUACAGCGUCUCUGACACAAUGACCCUCCUCCACAGAGUACAGACCACAUUCACUCAGCCCCUCUAUCCUGGGUUUUGUCUCUAUUAUGAUAAUGACAGUGCUGAACUGUGUAAAGUAUAGUUGGUGGUCAGAUAGUAACAUAUGUAACUGUUUGAACGGUUCAUAAACGAAUACUUAACUCAGUGGGUACAGAACAAUGUUUACCUUUUGUUGCCUUACAGCCUGAAAUGAAAAAAAUGACAACAUAAAAUUUGACUUUGUCCGGCCUUUAUUAAUAUACAGUAGUCCACAAUACCAAGUGAAAAAAUAAAUCUAAAGAACUCUUAAAAACACAAUUUGGGUAAGUGAACACCCCCCUUACUUAAUAAUUGGCAGAACCACAUUUUGCUUGAAUUUCAGCCAUGAGUCUCUUUGAAUACAUCUAUUACAUUUGCACUUUUAAGACUGUGCAAUAUUUGUCCAUUCCUCCUUGAAGAGUUGUUCAAAUUCAGUUAAAUUGCAUGGUGAUCACUUAUGGACUGCAAUCUUCAAGUCAUUACUGUCAGGGGCGGAAUCAAAAAGCAGACAAGGACAGUGAAGGGAGAUUUAAUCGACAAACGGAAAGGUUUAGGAGGUGAGUAUGGACGGAGUGCUGGCAGGCAGAAAGGCGUGCAGACGGUUACAGGUGUCCAGGUAGACAGGAAGGGGAAUGCAGGUAAGGGCGUGGUAGUUCAUUUGGUCGUGGAGGCAGAGUCCAGGUAAUCAAAGUACGACUAAUGAUCCGGCAGGGACGAGACGUCAGAGCUCCGCUUGAGUGCUGCCGGUAAGUGGUGGAAUCGGAAACAGGUGUGUGAUGACCAAGCGGAAACAGCUGGUACCGGCAUCACCCUGGAGUUGACGCCACGCCCCCUAACAGGUUGCCAGGACGACCAAAACAGAGACACAUAAACAGACAAGAACAAAUAUCCACACACACACUCAAUCACGGAGGAGGGACCGUGACAAUUACACAGAUUCUCAUGGAAUUGGGUCAGGGCACUGACUAAGCCACUCAAGGACAUUCAAUCAAUCAAACAUUUUCUGAUGUUUUCUUUCUUCACUUG